AUGUCAGAGAAAUCAGAACCGGGCAUAAACCCGCUCCGGGAAGAUGAACAUGCUUCAGGAACGACAUUGGAAGCUCUUGAUGCAAGCUCCGUGGAUGUUUCUUCGCCGCAAGACAUAGAAAAAACGAGGACGCAGGAGCCGCCUGCUGCUGGCGAUCCCAAUGGCGUGCCUGAAGAAAAUGCCGUCACGCAGACCACCACAUCGCAAUCUCAGAAAUUAGCCAAAAGCAAAACCAUUAUCAUUAUGGGUGCAUUAUGUUUAUCGGUGUUUCUAGCAGCUCUCGAUCAGACUAUCGUCUCAACGGCUCUUCCAGUCAUGGCAGCUCACUUUCAUGCCACCCAAGGCGGCUACUCCUGGAUGGCAUCUUCAUAUCUCUUGGCGAAUGCGUCCUGCGUCCCUUUCUGGGGAAAGCUUAGUGACAUCUUCGGCCGCAAGCCCGUCAUUAUCCUAGCCAACGUUGUUUUCUUGGUAGGCAGUCUGAUUUGUGCCUUGUCCAACAGUCUGGCUAUGAACAUUGCUGGUCGAGCUAUCCAAGGUGCUGGCGGCGGCGGUAUCAUCGUUUUGGCAAAUAUUACUGUUUCAGAUUUAGUCAGUGUCAGAGAACGACCAAUGUAUUAUGGUCUUUUCGGUGUGACAUGGGCUCUUGCAGGAGCUCUUGGUCCAAUCGUUGGUGGCGCUUUGACAACCAAGGUUACAUGGCGAUGGUGUUUUUAUCUCAAUUUACCCGUCGGUGGUUGCUCUUUGACUAUCUUAACAUUCUUCCUCAAAGUACAUACACCAAAGACGCGCCUUAUAGAUGGCCUAAAAGCGAUCGACUGGCUGGGKGUUAUUACUUGUGUCGGCGCUACACUCAUGUUCCUCUUUGGACUCGAAUUCGGCGGUGUUAGCUACCCCUGGAACUCGCCCACGACUAUCUGCCUGAUUGUAUUCGGCAUCCUGACCUACGGCGUCUUUUUCCUUAUCGAAUGGAAGGUCGCUAAGUAUCCCAUCAUUCCCUUACGACUAUUCAAGAAUCGCCACAACCUAGCAGUCUUCGGCUCGUGCUUCUGUCACGCCUCCGUCUUCAUUUCCGGCGCUUACUACCUACCACUCUACUUCCAAUCUGUCCUCUUAGCCUCUCCAAUUCUUUCCGGUGUCUACACGCUCCCGCAAGUGCUUUCAUUAUCCGUUACUUCCGCAAUGAUCGGAAUCAUCAUCAAGAAGACCGGCCGCUACAAAGAAGCCAUCUUAAUAGGAAUGGGAGUCAUGACCCUCGGCUUCGGACUCCUCAUCGACCUCAAACCAUACGCAAGCUGGCCACGCAUCAUUAUCUACCAACUUAUCGCCGGUGCCGGUGUCGGUCCUAACUUCCAAGCGCCCCUCGUCGCCCUUCAAGCAAACAUUCACGUCUCCGAUAUGGCCGUCGCAACUGCCACUUUCGGUUUUGUGCGCCAACUCGCGUCGGCGAUUGGCAUCGUUCUCGGUAGCGUCAUCUACCAGAACGUUCUCUCUCAGCAACUACCGCAACUCGAGACUGUCGUCGGAUCUACGACAGCCGCGAAACUGGCGAGCACUUUCUCUGCUGGUGAUAAGUCGCUUAUUGAGUCUCUMCCCGCCAAUCAGCAAGCGGCCGUCAAAGCGGCGUUUACUUUCUCUCUCAGUCGGGCGUGGAUAUACUAUACCGCUCUAUCUGGUGUAGGUUUCGCUGUCAGCUUCUUCCUUCGUCGAAUCGAAUUGAAUAAAUCACACAAAGUCGCAAAGACUGGUUUGGAAGAACAAGAAAGAGCGAGACAGGAGAUGCUUGCAGCUAAGAUGGCUGCUAAAGAGGCAAAAUCUGCUGUAUAA